GACAGUCCGAAGUGGCUCCGUGUUCGAGAAUUCUCAUGUACCCUUGCAAACAUGGAUGCAUUUCAUCUACAGAUUUGCUCAGGGUCUUCGCCUACGACAAGUGGACAUGAUGCAAGAGGGGAUUACUCAGAGCUCUGCAACGCUGACAAAACUUGCUGAUAAGCUGCGGAGGGUUUGCAAAGCUGCAAUGAACAGAAUGAGAAGAAGAGGCAAACAGACCAUUGGAAGAAGAGGGGAACUUGUUCUCAUAGAUGAGAGCAAAUUUGGUCAUAAAAGGAAGUACAACAGAGGAAGGGCAAGCAACAGGAGUUCCUGGGUUUUUGGAAUGCUCGGCAUUAAGGAGGCCAGGAGAAGACCCGUGCUCAAGAUAGUCCCUUACCGUUCAGCCGAUCAUCUCCUCCCCCUAAUAAAAAGGCACGUUCGACAGGGAAGCGCCAUCAUUUCAGAUGGAUGGAGAUCAUAUCACCGUCUUCAGGAUGAAGGUUACAAUCAUCUGACUGUUAACCACCAAGAAUGUUUUGUUGACCCUAUGACAGGUGCACAUACACAAAAUCUCGAGCGACUUUGGGGCAUUUGCAAAUCAACUAUAUGGAGAUUAAGAGGAAACCGAACCCAAAAUUUAUUGAAAGAUCACUUGGAUGUAAUUGAGUGGACUUACUGGCGUGGAAACCAACACAGACAUGGACCACUGGGCAUGCUUUUACAUGACAUCCGAAAAAAAUAUCCUGUAUGAAAUAAAGUUGCAAAUUUGGGUCUGAUGAUCCAGUGUUUGAAAUCAAACCAGACACGGUGAAGCAGCAUCAAGUUUUUA